AUGGCCGACCAAGUGCGAAAGCUUGCAGCCCAAUAUUUCCAGUUGGUUGACCCGGCACAACUAGACCUACCACCGGGAAAUGUCCUAGUGCGCUCAGCCGUACAAGAUGCUCUGUAUGAGCGCAUGUUCGACGAGUCCCUCGCCCCGCUACCGCCAGCCGCCUAUCGGACACGAGUGCUGAAGCUGGUUACCGCGCGCAUUGAAGAGUCAAUUGUCGAUCCAGAUCAAGACGAACUAAGCGACAAUCUCAUGAACAGCCUAGGAACGCUGGUCGCUCAACCAAAACCCAGUGCCCUUGAACAAGUCCAGCAACUCUCCCACGUCAAAUACACCGCACCUCUCCCGUCCCCGCUCACUGGAGACCGUGAGGUAACCACCAUCGAGUCGCGCGGGCUCCUCCUUUCCGGCCGCACAACAGGUAACCGCACAUGGGAAGCUGCGCUGCACCUGGGUUCAUUCCUCUGCUCGCCGGCCGGCGAGGCACUCGUGCGCGGGAAGCGGGUGAUUGAACUCGGCGCGGGCACGGGGUUCCUGUCGCUGUUGUGCGCACGGCAUCUUGGUGCGCGGGGUGUUGUCGCUAGUGAUAGGGAACCGGUUCUGAUCGAGAAUAUGCGCGAGUGCGUGCGGUUCAAUCACGAUGGGGAGAAGCCUUUUCCUUUCCACCCGGCUGCGUGGGAUUGGGGGACGCCUUUGGAGAAGACGGGAGACCUGGAGGAAUUUGUGGAGGGGGGGGGAAUUGAGACCUACGAUGCCGACAUCAUCCCUCCCCUUCUAUCAACAGUUCGCGAUCUCUUUGAGAACUACUAUCUCGAAGAAUUUAUUAUCUCUGUAACACUGCGCAACGAGCGUACUUUCCAGACAUUUUGGGACGGAUGUGAACAAAACGCCUUCAAAGUCGAAACCCUCCCCUACGAAUCAACACCCUCGGAAAGCCAAUCGGGCUUUUUCCACUCGACGGAUAUCCCGAUUCGCACAUAUAGAAUCUCAAAGGCACUAUGA